CGGUCCGAGGGCGCCGCGCCCUUGCCCUGGGCCCGGCCCGCGUCCCCGCGCUGCGCCGCCCGGCCGGGUGCAUGCAUUGUGAGCCUCCCGACAUGGUCUGCGAGACGAAGAUCGUGGCCGCCGAGGACCAUGAGGCGCUACCGGGGGCCAAGAAGGACGCGCUGCUCGCCGCCGCCGGCGCCAUGUGGCCCCCGCUGCCCGCCGCGCCCCCGCCCGGCCCCCAGUCCUUGGGCGGCGCGGGGGGCGCGGGGCCGCCUGGGGGGCGCGGCCUGUGCAUCCGCGAGUUCCGCGCGGCAGAGCAGGAGGCGGCGCGCCGCAUCUUCUACGACGGCAUCAUGGAGCGCAUCCCCAACACGGCCUUCCGCGGCCUGCGGCAGCACCCGCGCACGCAGCUGCUCUACGUCCUGCUGGCCGCGCUCUGCUUUGCCGUCACCCGCUCGCUGCUGCUGACGUGCCUGGUGCCGGCGGGGCUGCUGGGCCUACGCUAUUACUACAGCCGGAAGGUGGUGCUGGCCUACCUGGACUGUGCCCUGCACACCGACAUGGCCGACAUCGAGCAGUACUACAUGAAGCCCCCCGGCUCCUGCUUUUGGGUGGCGGUGCUGGACGGCAACGUGGUGGGCAUCGUGGCCGCGCGGGCCCACGAGGCAGACAACACGGUGGAGCUGCUGCGGAUGUCUGUGGACUCGCGCUUCCGUGGCAAGGGCAUCGCCAAGGCGCUGGGCCGCAAGGUGCUGGAGUUCGCCCUGGUGCGCAACUACUCCGCGGUGGUGCUGGGCACGACAGCCGUGAAGGUGGCUGCCCACAAGCUCUACGAGUCGCUGGGCUUCAGACACAUGGGCUCCAGUGACCACUACGUGCUGCCCGGCAUGACCCUCUCGCUGGCCGAGCGCCUCUUCUUCCAGGUCCGCUAUCACCGCUACCGCCUGCAGCUGCGCGAGGAGUGACCGCUGCCCGCCUGCGCCUGCUGCCCGGCCGCCCCGUCCGCCUGCGCCCGCCUGCCCGCCGCCCGGGCCUGCUUUCAGACGCUCACCUUGGCGUUCCUGUUGGGUUUUUCCUUUUUCAACAUCAUGCGGUUCUCUGGCUGGUUCUGGGGGACGGAGCUGUUGCUCAGCCAUGACACUUCGGGGGGUGGGCUGUUCGCAGCCACGGCCCCUCGCCCUCCCCAGCCUGCUGGGACCAUGCCCUGAAGAGUGACAGCAUGGAGCACCUCGCCCUCGCAGCUGCCUGGCCCUGGACUACAGGGCUGUUCUGGCCCAUGGCCACUGGGGCAGGCCGCGCCUUGCCCACCGAGCACAGAACCUCUGCAGUGAGGCCCGGCCCAGCAGACCCCUGGCCACCGGCCAGGCUAUGGCUCAACAUCGGUCCCUGGGAGGCGUGGCCUGCUGGGCCAGCCGGCCGCUGUCCCGUGGGGCGCUGAGCUGGCCGCGGGCCGCUUUGCUCUGUGCAUGCUGAGCACGUGGCCUGGCUGCAGCAUGCCGCACGCCCACGGCUCCCGCCCGCCCUGCCCAGGCUGGGCCCAGGCUGGUGAGCACCCCCGCCCCAACCCUGAGCUCGCCCCAGACAGCCACCUGCUCUCUGGACGGCCUGACUCACAGCCCCAUGCUUCACCCCGUUUAGCUUUGCUUUCACACCAAAUCACCUUUCCUUUUGGUCCCAACCCCUCACCUGCCCGGGCUUUGCAAAUUGGCGUCAUCACCCCCAUGUGGUUCCCAUAGCAACCUGCUGCACACCUGUGAGCAGGGCCUUUCAGGAGAGCAGAGUGGGGAGGCAGUCUUGGGGUCACCUCUCCCCCAGUGCCAGCUAGAUCACGGUGGCCUCUCCCCGACCUCCCGAGGACCUCCCCGCCUCACAACCGACAGGCUCUGCCCUGUGGAUCUUACUCACCCAGGCCGCUGCCAACACCACUGAGCCCACAGCUUCUCCCAGCCUGAAACCAACCUAUUUUUUAAUAAGUUAUUUAGACAGAAUAGCAUUCUGCAUGUCUUUAAUACGUGGGACAAAACAGUAGUUUAUACCUUCACACACACACACACACACACACACACACACCCUUACACACCUGUGUGGUCUAGAAUAUGCACUCUUUAUGGCCCAGUUUUGUGGGGGUGGGUGGCCGGGUGGGUGGAGGUUUUCAAAGUUUGAAAUCUGGAGGGAGACCCUAAUUUAGCAUAUUUUCCCCCAAAGAGCAUUCCUGGUUUGUGAGAAGGCUGUGGGCCACUCCUUAUCAGUCCUGACGUGCCACUGCCUUCGGGAGUAGCAAGUGGGUCUCACCGUCUAGCGAGGCUUGGGCCGGCUGUGCUUCCUGUUUCUUUCCUGAGGUUGGAGGCAGGGCUGUUGGGCAUGGUUGGCCUGGACGGGGAGAGGGAGGUGGUGGUCAGCGGCACCCACACGUCCAGCUGUAAGCCUGAACCCGGCUGUGGUGGCAGGAGGGGCUUAAAUGCCUGCCAAGACCCCUUCAUUUGGGGGCUUGGGGCAGAGGACAGUGGCAGGUGCGGCCGGGCCACUGAACUGGGUCCCACAUGAGGGACCACAGAGGGGAAGUUUUUAAAAAGGCACUUUGGAAAUCAGCAAAUGAAUGAAAAAGCCCAGUUUCCCGAGGAGCCUUUUGUGCUGCCAGCAAUUGAGGUAUUUGCAGAACACUGUACAGACCCCGCUCUCCCCUGUACAUACCCCUGGUGGCGCCCGGUCCCUGCUCGGGGAUGGGAGUUUUGUAGACUGUACAGAAAUCGGCACCCUAUUUUCUUGCAGCUCUCAGAUUUUGUUAACCUGGAUUAUACAGACAGACGUAAAGUGUUUUAGCAAAAUGAAAAACAGUGUGCCUUUUUCCUCUUUCAGUUUGGUUUGGUUUUGGCUUGAGGCAGCCUAGUUGCCGUGGGGUGUAUUGGGAGCUGAGGCUGGACUGAGGCCUGGUGGGGUGGGAAGGGCAGGUGGGGACCACGUGGGGUCACCAUGGUGGGUCAUGUCAGUGGUAGCUCGGGGAACGCCACCAACUUCCUUUGAUCCUGUGCCUUUGGUGUCUCUGGUCCCUGGGGUGGGGGUGCGUGGGUGGGGGCCACUGGAGCGCACAGGCCUUGGGGCUGCCAGGGUCGGGUUGAUGUUGACCAAAGCACCCCUUGUGUUGCUCCUGGGCAGUGGUGUGGCCCUCUUCUGUCCUGUUGGCAUCUGCCUAACACCUGUGUGCUAGGUGGGCUGCUGUGUCUUCUCCAGUUGGACGGCGCAGGGGGUGGAGACGCUGCCUUGAUUCUUGACCUUUACUGCCCUUUUGUUGCUGCCAGGACUCGGGCGAGAUGCCAGGAGGGGUGUGGCAAGGUGGUCUCAUGUCCGGAAGCCCAAUGCUCAGCUGCUACCCACCACUGAGGUGGGCUGAGGCACCUACAGGUGGCCUGUGCCCACCAGGCAGGGUGUGCUCUGAGCCCAGGACAAGGCCCUUACCCGGCCAGUGUGCAGCUCGGCGGGCCCCCGAGGACCACGAGGGGGCAGAUGUCCCAUCCUUCCCCUGGGUUGGAGGUUGGGCACACUCGUGGGGGGCCCUGCCCCCGGCCAGCUGUCUCCCUCCUGGGAGCUAACUGCUCCGAAAACAUGCACUGAGAUGUGAAUUUUAUACGUUUGUAGAAAUUCUGAUGUUACUUCUUCUACCUCUGUGAAGCGUCCUCCUGGGGUCCUGCUCAGUGAUGUGUCUGGACAACUGCUCAGCUCGGUCUCGUCCUCCCUGCUGGCCUCCUGGGCCUCCCCAAGUAGCUGCCUGGUGAGGCCCAGGGAAAGCCAGCCCUGGGCCUGGUAUCUGUGCUCUGGGGUUGGGGCUCCCAGGACUUCUGUUGUCUGUUUGGAAGCCUCCGUUUCUGGAGAAGCAGAAGGUGGCAUAUUCCAGAAUGUGUUUGUUAGAUGAGGCUGGAACACAGACCCCAUUAGCAGCUCCAAGCAGUGGGAUCCAAGGCAGCUGAGGCUUCCAGUACCUGAUGACUCAGCACCAGCAGGCUCCUGGCAUGUGGCUGGUGGGCCAGCUCCAGGGCAGCUCCCACUGUCCAGGUAUGGGCUCUGCAGACAGCUGGCACCCCAGGGUUGGUGGUUAGCAUGUGCCGAGGCCACCAUGUGCCCUGGCCCUGGGAAGGGCCAUGGCGGCAUCUCCCACCUUGCACCCCCACCGCUGCCCUUGGGUGAAGGGGGUGGGGGCAUGGGCCAGCCUGUGCUGAGGGGUAGAGGGCUGGCCCUGGGAGAAAGGUCAGGCUGGGAGGCCCUGAGGGCCAGGGGUGGCGCUGUUCCUGCUCUGGAUAGGCUUCCUCAGAGAAGGCCCUGAGGGGACAGGGUGGGGGACGCGCCUCAGGUGGCUUCUUCGGGCGUCAGCAAGUGCUUGGGAGGCUCUCUGGACCAUCGGGCCAGGCUCCGGCCCUGGGGGUACAUAGUUCAAUGUGAGUGCCUGCCCCUGCUUGCCCCGGGGGUGGCCGGCACUGUGUCACCUUCCUGGCAGUGUCCAGGGGAUGGCUGGACAGUGAACCCUGA